AAACAAAAUCAACAGUCAUGAUUCAUCGCAAUAUAUGCAAAAAAUUAUAUGCACAAUCUAAGGGGUUAGACUCAAUGAUUUAGAUAACUAAGACCUAGGGUUCACCCAUCUAGGGUUAGGGUAUAGUAUCAUGCCAAAAAAUCCAAUUAAUUCAAAGUCUAAAUAGCGUUUUCUUACUCAAGGUAUGUCGUACCUUAGAUUUUAGCCAAGGUACGAUAGAAGCCACCAUAUAUAUAUAUAUAAUACUAUAUAUAUAAUUAAUACGUAUACUUAUCCGAUCCUCGAUAAUCCAAUUUUUGUUGAAAUACUAUCAAAACACUCGAUUUUAAAUCGUGAAAUUCUAGCAACCGUAAUACAAGUUUUGCCGAAACGAGAUGUUACAUUCUUAAGAAGGGUUACGCGUGGAACAUUCAUAACGUGAAAAACAUUAAGUUUUGGGGUGAUUUCUGGGUUUUGCAGGUGCCUUUGAUAGAGGUAACACUCAAACCUAUCCCGAGGAGAUCAUCACAGAGUCAGUUUUCAGCUACCUUGACGAAGAGGAGAAUUGGGAUGUGAGUUAUUUCUCACCAUGGCUAGCAACAGAAAUUAAGCACAAGAUCAUUACUAUUUCAGUGGAUUCUCUCACUCUGUAAGCUUAUUCUCUUUUCCGUUCUCCCUGUCCGAAUGGCUGCUUCACCACGAAGUCAUCAUUUCAUAUGAUGAAUCCUCAUCAAGCGAACCAAGAUGAGAAACUAUGGAAGAAGAUUUGGAGCACACCUUCCCGGAAGAGAAUUCAUUGUUUUACAUGGCUGGUCGCCUUGGAGAAAAUCGCUACUAAUGCCCUUCGCUUCUAUAGGAAAUGUGCUCCAUCUCCAGCGUCCCCUUGCUACAGUGACUGUCUCGAGACAAUCACCCAUUUGCUCCGAGAUUGUCCCCAGGCGACUUUUGUCUGGACAAGGUUUAUUCCGCAGGCUGAGCAGUAUGGCUUUUUCACUAGCACUCAGGAGGUUUGGAUCCGUGAGAAUCUGUUGAGGGAGUCAAAUCUAGCCUCUGGACAGAGCUGGCAUGCGUUCUUCAGUGUGGCAAUUUGGUGCCUAUAGAAGAACAUAUUUAUCGCUGCUUUCAAGGGUGAGGAGGAAGCAUUGAUAUACCCUCCCUGGCGAACUCCAUUCAGCAGAGGGCUCUCAUGUGGUACAAGGCCUAGUUUUCCCCCACUCUUGCUGACAUAAGGUUAGGGAAUCCGACAACCCGAGUUACAAAAGAGCGUCCGGUGGCAUGCUCUUUUUGAAGAGUGGUUUAAGGUGAAUAUUAAUGGGCCCUCGACAGGUAAUCUCGGGUUAGAGGGUGCUAGCAACUUAAUUCGUGAUGCUCAGGUAGAUAGAUCACAGGGUUUGUCACCGAGAUUGUAGAGGAUUUGUCCGUUUUGGCGAAGCUGUGGGUGAUCUACCAUGGUUUGAAUCUUGCGCAGAAGCAGGGAUGCAGCAGUAUCAUUCUUGAUACUAAUUCUCGACUAGCUAUCAAACUUGUUAAUAAUAUGCAGGAAUCAGGCCAUCCAUAUUCGACUCUUUUGGAAAAGAAUAGCUCAGGAUUGGCUCUUUAGUAUACUUCAUACAAACCAAAAACAGAAUUGAGCCGCGGACUGGCUCUCGAAAUAUAGUAUCGUCUAUAUGAUGACUCGAUAUUUGCACAUAUUUCCCCCUUUGUUUCUUGAAUGUUUGAGCUUUAAUUAUCGCGUCUUGGGCAUAUUUUACGCUAGGUUGUGUUCCUUUGUCACAUUUCAGGUCCUAGCAUAUAAAGUGAAGCGUAGGCGCAAGUUUGAAGUCAAUCAGAGAUCAAUUGGCGAUUAGGGAGAAGAAACUCGGGCAUGACCUGAAGAAGAAUGGAUUUAUACCUCACUUAAUGGACAAAGAAUCAUGCAAUCUUGUCACGAAAAUAAAGAGGACGAGACUACGAGCGUCUGGAAUCAAACGGAGACUAAUUCGGAGUCCGGACGAGGAAGAAACAAAGCAUUGAAUAUACGGGAACAAGUUCGGCAGUAAAAACACGGGCUGGCCUAAAGAAAAACACGGUCGUGUCCAUAUUUAGGCACGAUCGUGUUUUGGCCGACGAGGGCUGCUGGGAGCAAAACACGGGCGGGCAAAAGUAAAACACGGCCGUGUCCUCGACCAUGUUUUGGCCGACGAGGGCUGCUGGGAGCAAAACACGGGCGGGCAAAAGUAAAACACGGCCGUGUCCUCGACCAUGUUUUGCCCAGAAUCGGGUUUUUUAGGCAGAUUGAGGGCAAAGGAAAGAAAGAGCUAGGUUUUGGAUCCCAAACACCCAAGGGGCGAACCGAAGAGAGAGAGGGAGAUUUGAGGGCAUUCUAAGAGAGGAAUUGGAGGAUUUAUUCGUCUUGGAUGCUCGAGGAACAAGCCCGUACUUGAAGACUGAUCAUCUGAAGCUUCUUACUGCAGUCUCUCUCUUCUCUAUGGAGUAACUUCCCUUCACUUAGGUUUUGAGGAACCCUAGCCAUGUUUGUUUGAUUGGAUGAUUGUAUGAGUACUCUUACGUGAUAAUCUUGAGUUCAUAUUCAAUCUAUGCAUGUUUUCAUGAUUCAAUUCUUCUUUAGUCGAGAUUAUUGAUUCUGCUUUGAUCCUAUGAGAGUGAAUACCUUAUUAGGUCAAUAGAGCACCAUAGAUUGAUAGUAUUGGAUCGAUUGCUUUAGUAGAGGGUUGAUUCAUUGCUUUGUAUCAAUUGAGAACCUCUUUCGAUGAGGGAGUCUAGUUCAGAAUGCCUUGAUCGGUUGUUCUCGAGAAGGAUAUGUCCCUCUAGGCAAUUGACUCAAGAGGGCCUUGUUCCAUUAGUUGAGACUCAAGGUCUAGUCAAGGAUUCUCCGCAUUGUGAAUGAAAGUGAAACAGGUUAGAGAUCAUCAAUCAUUAAUCUGGCUAGUGGCUAGGGGUAAUCAUACCUAAGUGAGUUCCCAACCUGUAAUUAGAUUAACUUUAACUAUAGUUUGUUAGAGUAGUUUUAGUUCUUUCAUUUUAAUCUGGUUUGCUAGAUAAUGAACUGAAGCUGAGUAAUAGUAACUCUAGAGACCCGUGGAUUUGAUAUUUAUUACUUGAGACACUAUACUGCAGUCCCUUCUAUUGGUUACACUUGGCCAUUGUUAGGAGUUGUGUCAUAGCGAGUCAAGUUUUUGGCGCCGUUGCCGGGGACUUUCUACAUUAUUAGGAAAGGCAGAAGUUUGUUACUUUAGCGUUUUUAUUUUCUUUUUCACCCUUGCUUUUCAAUUGGGUGUUAUUGUUAUUGUUUGUGCAGAUCUGAAUCAUGGAUCCUCAUGGCUUCUCCAACCAUUGGGGGUAUCCACCACCAUCCGGGUGGUAUUACCCCGAGACUCCCUGGAGCAAUCAAGGAGGAGAAGACUAUGGAUUCGGGUUCUUGUACCAACCCCCUUACUACGGAGAACAAUCAGACCCCUGGGCAUAUCAAGAAUAACCUAAUUACCAAGAAGACUUUCUCCCACAACCAGAAGGGUCAUCGGAGCUGGAGUUACCCAUGGCGGCCUUCACGGGCCAUUCUUCAGAGCUAUGCUACACUCCAUAGCCAGAUCCAAACUAUGAAUUGAGGCUUCUCGUGGAGCAGUUUGCUCGGGAUUCCGAGAGACGCAAUCGCAAGAUGGACCUCCUUUUCUCAUCUUUUUCUCCUCCUAACUCUUCAUCCCUCCGUGAAUCGGAGGAGACUGUUUCACACUCAUCCAAGCAACCAGAGCGGGUUGAGCAAGUUUGUGCACAACUUGCUCAAAAUCACCCGUCUGCUACCAUACUAGAAGAGGAGGAGGAAGAAGAAUGCUACAUGGACAUUGUGGAGCAAACAGAAGUUAUCACGGAGAGCUCCCGUGAAGAUCAUGAUCAAGAAUGUCCUGUCUUAGCCGACCACCCCUUUCCACAUCCCACACCGAGCUUUGAAGAGGUGGGCAUGAGUGAGGAGAUGCGAGAAGAUCUCAUGAAAGAAAUUGCUUGACAACUUGCUCUCCAAUCCGUGCUAGAAGAAGAAGAGCAAGAAAGGGUGCAGAGGGAGGAUGAUGAAAGUGAAGCAGAAGGAGUUCUUGAUCAUUUCCCAGGGGUGAUACCACAUGAACAAGGAAGGGAGGUUGAAGAAGCAAUUGGCAUCUAGGCCGAGGACUAAGUUGAGGUGGAAGAGGGCUGCACCAGCCAUGAGUUGCAAGUAAUAUCCCAACCAAACUUCGAGGAACUACUUAGCAAGGGCCCAUUUGUACUGUCUCUUUGCCAGACCAAGGCCACUUCGACAUCGGUCCCUCUUGGUGGACGCGAUGGUGGUCAAUCGAUGUUGUCAUAUAUGAUUUGGGGCAAUGAGACGAGAGAAGAGAAGAAGAGGUCUCGAGGGUGGAGACGUUAUCUGCAUCAAGUGCACGAGCUUCCAUCACAUGUCAUACCACUUACUCGUGACUUGAGACUCCACCUCAUAGACGAGAACCUCAACUUCAAAGAGGUUUUGGGGUGGACCGAAACUUAGGAGCCAUCGUCCGGCUCACGACGGGAAAGAAGCGCUUGUUGGGAGGCAACCCAACCAGUCGGUUUGCAUUUCUUUCUCUUUUUCUCCUCGGUUGAGUCAGUUUUGUUAUUUGAUUUUAGAGUCAAUAACUCAACCUUUGUGAGAUUUGGUGUGGUGUUUGUGUUUCGACUACUCUCUCCACCUGGAAUGCACCGUCUGCCUCGUCCACCAUCAUUCACCCUUGAUUUGAUAACUUCGUUCUACCCUCUUUAUCUUUCCUCCAUUGAGGACAAUGUCGUGCUUAAGUGUGGGGGGAUGUUCGAUUAUGUAUGUGUGUGAAUGUUGGCUGUUUGUGUGCUUGGAGCCUAGUCCACUGUCCAAAUUUCGAUUUGAGGGCUCCAAGUACGUGUUCCCUUGCAAAUUGCCUGCUCAGUAUGCUUUGAAUUGACAGUCUCUAUAGUAAUGUGAAACCUAGGGAGGUAGUGUAGCACUAUGGAGGAUGUUGAAGUAUAAGAUUUUUCCUAUCUAGCUCUCUGCUGUGCCAGUUGAUUUUGUGAAUUAGUGGAGCUAUGACCGUUGAAUUCAUGUGAAUGGUGACUCUGUUUGGAUUGUGUUAUGGACUCGUGUAUCGAACAGGGUGCUCAUGUGAAAAAUGAAAAGCAGUUGGUCCUCCAUGUCGAAAUCAUUAAAUCUUAAACAUGGGG